UUGUGCAACUGAAAAACAAGUCAAGCCUCAUUAUAAACAACACCAGGACGAUUGGAAUCUCAAUAAAUCAAACCUUGGUAUUUCUCCCAAGACUUCUUCAAGAUCAUUUCAGGAUUGGAAAGCUAACGUACCUGGGCUUCGAAGUGGUUGUCAAACGGUGGCCUCCGUUUCGAUCUCGCCCAGACCAUAGACCCCGACACUAAUGCACACAAGAAUCUGUCUGAAGGCAGUCUGAGCAUCGAAAAGGCCCCUCUGAGUAAGCAAAUGAUAUAAUCACCCUCUUGGAUCUGAGACGGCUCUUAAACCCCACAAAUGCAUCGAUUUUGGCAUGAGACAUUAUCAGACCAGACUCACUCAAAGAGGAUCCAUUCGUCACGCAAAGCCAAACUUGGCCCUCAAAAUCUCUCCCAAAAGCACGAAGUGAACAGACGCACCAACCAUAGACCAAAGAUAGACACCUGAAGGAAGAGGCGGCUGCCAACCAAUUGUCAGUAUGUGGAGGUCUCCUAUUCAAUCAUGUGUGAGUGCGUGUGGAGCUCCGACUGGCUUCUUCGGUGGCCAUUGAGGAGAUCAGGACUUCACCAAAAUACCCCGUGUGUGUGUGAGUGAGUGAGUGAGUAAGAGCGAGAUGCAAGUUCCGAAUCAAAGAAGACCUUGAGACGGGGCAGAGCAAGCUCGGAUUGCUCGUCGGGCCAAAGGCAAGGUAGAUGAUGAUGAUCAUCAUCUUGUAGUGGUGUGGUACCCAUGGCAGUGGAAGAAGGCGCCUUGCACAUGUACACAAACUACACAUACAAGGAGAAGUAGAAGUGCCUACUGUGUAGUAUUCAUACAGUGAGUGAGUAAGUGAGUGAGUAAGUGCUACGUAAACGAGCGGGACUGGCCAGAUCGCUGACGAAGUGAAGACGGAGGAUAAUAGUGCGUACACAUAUGUGAGUUACACUACGACUCGUAAAGGUUGGUGCGGGAGGAAUGAGUGCGUGCGUGCGUGCGUGUGUGUGUCUCUGCAUUUCGUAUAUGGCGAAGCAGUUACAAGGGUGAGCUGGAAGUGUGAACACGAGUGUGUCGUUGAGGCCUACCUACUAUUGCAGAGAUCAACAUUCGAUGUAGGCCUGAAUCAUCAUCCUUGUGGCAUUUCGAGACAUUGUCUGGCCAAGACUUUGUGCUCCUCUCCGCUGUGCUUGAUUGGACGUGCCAUUUAUGAGCCGUUGGUGAUUAUCGUAAACCUUUCGAGCGAGGCGAGGAUUGGCAAACACUCUUACGUACAUACAACGACAGUCAAUGCCAUCCUCCUCGGCGUUAUUCCUCAUCAGACAUUGAGUAGACGCUGAUCGUCACCUCCGGCAAUCGGGGUCUCAGCAGAAAAUUGCAAUUCUUUUCAUCGGAGACAGUUUCAUUGACAGACGGACGUGUUGGUGGUGUUGGUGUUGGUGGUGGUUGGCCAGGGAUCCUGGAGGUUUAGCAGCAUCCGUGUUGCCGAUCAUUCGACGACCAGACUUGAACCACUUCAAUGGGCUAAUACAAGCUUGGGCGAUACAAAGACUAGUUGAGGCACAUUGUUCCGAGUCGACUCGUCGGCGAGUCCCCUCAUCCAUCUCAAGCUUGGGGAUAAAGUGUUUGAUUACAAUCUCACUCUCUGCGAUUCUAUACUGUACCGAGUCUAGACUACUAGCUAUUGAGAAUCAGCGAGGGAUUUCCGAGCUCAUAUCAACCCACCAUCGGCUUGGGAUCCGCCAAGGCCUAGGCCCAAAAGCUCAGACAUCGCCAUCCAUCUCAGGCAUCGGUCGAACAGAAUCUUGUCUGAAGUCUAUUGAACGUGAUCUACCUUCCUCGAGGAAUAAAUAUGGUGGAUACGUUGCUGUGCGAGGAGGUCUUCCAUUCUCCGGCCAUGAGAACACCGAGUCUAACAGAGCGUGAAUAUCAAGACCGGAUUCCUCAGUUCUGCCGAGCCUACAAGGACAGAGCCAUCCUGGGCCAUAAACGAGUCAUUCAGAACAUGCUCAAGUUGGAGAACUUCUACGUUCCAAACUCGGUGCAUUACCACAAUCUCCAGGACGAGAUCAAGAUCCACAUGCGCAAGAUCGUGGUGGAAUGGAUGUUAGACGUCUGUAUCGACCAACGAUGUCACGUGGACGUCUUCCUCCUGGCCACCAACAUCAUGGACCGAUUCCUCAGCACCAUCCGAUUGCGGAAGAAACAAUUCCAGCUCUUGGGAGCGUGUUCAAUAUUCCUGGCCUCCAAGAUGAUGGAAUCCAAUCCCAUAUCCGCUGUCACCCUUGUGAAGUAUACGGCCGAUACGUACGACCGAGACGAACUCUUGUCCAUGGAGUUACUGAUACUGUCACGCCUUCAGUGGGACCUAACGGCCAUUACCGCCUAUGAUUACCUCGACCAUCUUUUGGACGUUCUCCAAAACCCUCCAGUUCAAACUCAUGACCAAGAAGUCCUUCAAGAUCCGGCUCAUUUUGAGUCGUUGCGCCGACAAAGCGAGCGCCUCAUUACCUUGUGUAACACUGAUCCACAGUUCAUGACCGUCCCACCCAGUAUCGUGGCCUCGGCGGCUCUCACUUCGGCUAUGCAACAAGAUUUCGAGUCUCAGCCUCCUAUGGGUCCUUUGGUGAACCUCAACGACCUCGUGGAUAGGCUGCGCAAAUACACUAAUAUCGAGUUGGACUCGCUCCGUCAUUGCAUUGAUCAGAUCGAGGAGCUGUUCAUUUCGGGAGCCAAUCCCGGGCAUGAGUCCAACUCAACUACAUCCAAAGACCGCACACGCUUGGGAGAGAGUCGACUUCAAGGCCCUUCUCGAGGGCGACAGCAGGACCCCUCCGUCUCUUCAGACAGUCUGUACUACUCAUCCCCCGAUCAUAGUCAUGCUACAAGUCUUUCAAGGCCAUCCCCGAGCAAAACCCCGACGUCUGGAAAUCAGCUGACGAGUUCGAAGUCGCCGUCAUCCUUCUCCUCGUCCACAUUGUCCAGCAGCCGAACCACCACCACCACCACCAACCCUCUGACCCCCCUGAAUCCUCCUCCUCCUCCUCCUCCCUUUUCUCCCCCUUGCAUUUCGAAUCAGCCGCUUCUUCUUCCUCUGGAGGAGACUGGCAGAGAGUCGUCGUUCAUGGAGGAGGAAGCCAUGGACAAGGAUCAGGUUCAAGGUGGCCAAACUGACCUUCCGUCCAGCGAGAAUGAUGAUAUGUGAUAUAUACUUCCUCAACUAAUGUACUUAAUAGUCUUGCUGAACUAGUCAAAUGAAAAUAUAUAGUGGAGCAAGCUCAAGUCAGCUGAAUGAAAUCAU